UUACUCAACCUGAUAAUCAUACUUCAUGCUCUACAGAAAAGCCUAUUGAUUUCCCUCUGCUCAAUAUAAAGACAAAAAGAUGAAUUCACAACAGUUUAGCCUUUUAUUGUUGCUGCUGAUGCGAUGGCCACUCUUGCCAAGCUUUCAUUCCAUCUUGGCGAUCUCGCUCUCUUCUGCGCUGCACAUCGUCGUCAUUCACCCUUUCAAGCGACAUAUCUUUUCGAUCAAAAGAUCGAAACAACUGCAGAAGUUCUCGGUACGUUGUCACCUGCGGAUUGUUCAUGAUCGUUGAUGAUAUGUUGUAUACAAAGCCAUUCACCCCGGUAAUGUACCACAGCUUUCCCGAAAAGUAAAGGUGCAGGACAGUCUGUGGGGCAUAUGUCGGCUUCUCUUUCAACACCUAGAUAUCCAUAUUUUAAUAAAGAUGACGAAAGAUGAAAGUGGCUUAAGAUCUACCUCGAAUCCGCGUUCCACCAUCUCCUGUAUCGCUUCAUGUUCAUACAAGGAGCGCACGCCGUCGAUGACACAUACGUUGCAAUGUACAUAUACCCUGAUCCUGGGCUGCCCUCUCGGA